CCAUAUAGCAAUUAGCAAAGCAGACUAGACUAGCACAGCAGGCUCGCCUCUCUCUCAGUUGGUCCAAGCUAAAACUGCCGCAGGCAAGCCAAACGGCCAUCGGGCCAUGGCACCAGCGCCAGCCUUCUUCCUCGUCGCCGUGGCCCUCGCCUCGACGUUGACCGCCGUCGCCGCGGGGCACCGCGAUGAGUACGUGGGCAACUACGCCGAGGCCACCUGCGACGACCCGCCUUCGCCCUCGUCAUCCUCCACCACCACGGCCGCCGCGUUCCGCGCCGACGUCCUCGCGCUCCUCGCCGCGCUUCCAGCCGCCGCCGCGCCCACGGGCUUCGCCUCCCUCCGCCGCUCCUCCUCCGGCCCCGGCGAAGCCGCGGCGUUCGCGCGGGGCCUCUGCUACGGCGCCGCCCCAGAAGGCUCGUCGUCGUGCGCGGCGUGCCUGUCCGGCGCGGCCAGAAAGGCGGCCGGGUGCGCCGGGAGCGACAGCCGGCGCGGGGGAGUCGGAGCCCCGGUUGCUCCCUCGCCUUCGCCGACACCAACGCCUCCUCCCCCAACGAGGCCUCCUACCGCGCGUGCCUCUUCGUCUUCUCCCCCUCCGCCUCCGAUGCCGACAGCCCGCGCUCCCCGGCCUUCUACGACGACGCGCGGGGGCUCUCCGCCCUGGCGCUCUCCUUGGCCCCUCGCGCCGCGGACAGCAGCGCGGGGCCGAUGCUGGCCACGGCCGCCACGGACAUGGGGCAGAAGAAGAAGAGGAUCAAAGUACACGCGGUGGCGCAGUGCGCGAGGGACCGGGCCGCGGCGGACUGCGGCGAGUGCCUUCGCGAGUCGGCGCGGGAGCUGCCCAGGUGCUGGGGCCGGGAGGUGGGGCGGAGCGAGGGCGUCGCCGCCGUCAGCGUCGUGGGGUACAACUGCUACCUCCGGCUCGACAUGUACGCUCCCGCGCCACCCUUCAGCAAGAUCCUCUGGACUUUUGUGAAGAAUAACGCUGUCGUGUUCAUUCUCUUGGCCGUGAUCGUCGGCAUAGUCCCUCUCGCAGGAGCGGCAUGUGUCCUGGGGCGGCGGUUCUUCUGCGUCGCUCAGGCGCCGCCGCUGGACGUUCCAAAGGGUAGGCCGGCUGGCUCCCGUAGCCCAUAGGUAGGAGUACAUCACACCGUCUGUGGAAUGUGUGCCCCCUUUAAUGCAGUUCGUCAGGAUGAUGCAUGAUUCGGUAGCAGCUGAGUGAGUGAGUGAUGGGUUCGACGUACUCCUCACAGUCACGCAGCUGACGAACCCAUCGACUUUGGAUUUACUCGGUGUCAUCUGCCGGGUGUGGAUUGUACUUGGUUCAGAUGUUGAUGGACCAUUAUCUAUCAUCUUCAGCUAGCUAUAAGGUGCCUGAAAAUGAAGAGAGGGGGUUGCAUUUUCCCCAA